UGUCUCGUUCAGUAACAGAAGCCAGAUAAUUGAUAAGCAGUCAGUCACUCAGUCAGUGGAUUGAAAAGAAGACCAUUGAUCGAUCAAGAAAGAAAGCAGAACUUAUUAUUUUAUAUCGGGGUCAACAAUACAAAGGGAGACAUGAGGUCCAGUUACCCUACAGAGCUCCCAGAGGACUUCUGGAUCCCCAUUCCCCUGGACACUAACAACAUGACGGCGUUCAGCCCCUUCCUGGUUCCCCAGGAUCACCUGGGGAGCACAGGCAUCUUCUACUGCAUGUCAGCCUUCAUGUUCUUCCUGUUUGUGGCCGGCACCGGCAUCAACGUCCUCACCAUCGCGUGCACCGUCCAGUACAAGAAGCUGCGCUCGCACCUCAACUACAUCCUGGUGAACCUGGCCGUGGCUAACCUCCUUGUGGCCGCCAUCGGCUCCUUCACUUGCUUUGUGUGCUUUGCUUUCAAAUACAUGGUGCUGGGCCCGCUGGCCUGCAAGAUCGAAGGGUUCACGGCUACUCUGGGGGGCAUGGUUAGCCUGUGGUCCCUGGCCGUGGUGGCGGUGGAGAGAUGGCUGGUCAUCUGCAAGCCGCUGGGUCAGUUCUCCUUCAGGAGCCACCACGCCAUCAUGGGCUGCGCCGUCACCUGGGUGUUCGCUCUGGCCGCUGCCCUCCCCCCACUGUUGGGCUGGAGCAGGUACAUCCCGGAGGGCAUGCAGUGCUCCUGUGGGCCAGACUGGUACACUACGGACAACAAAUACAACAACGAGUCCUACGUGAUGUUCCUCUUCUGCUUCUGCUUCGCCGUCCCCUUUGGCACCAUGGUCUUCUGCUACAGCAAUCUCCUCUACACCAUGAAGAUGGCAGCACAGGCCCAGGCGGAUUCGAUCUCCACCCAGAAGGCAGAGAGGGAGGUUACCAGGAUGGUGGUGAUCAUGGUGCUCGGGUUCCUGGUGUGCUGGAUGCCCUACGCAAGCUUUGCCAUGUGGGUCGUGAACCACCGUGGUUCGACCUUUGACCUGAGGUUGGCCACCCUACCCUCCUGCCUCUCCAAGGCCUCCACCGUGUACAACCCCGUCAUCUACAUCCUACUAAACAAACAGUUCCGCUCAUGUAUGAUGAAGAUGAUUGGGAUGAGCGACAGUGACGAAGAGUCAACCUCGACUCAAUCAACAACUGAAAUAUCGAAAGUUGGACCCGCAUAGUUCAGACAAGCAUUUCAUUUUGUAUUAUUAUUGCAUAUGGGUGACUAUUUUAUUACCUGAAUUGUAUGUACCACUGAAUGUAUGAUGUAUCAUGAGUUCAACGUAAUUUUUAAACUCAUAGAAAAUGAUAUGCAAAGUGAAAAAAAAAAGGGCUUAAAGAACUGAGAAUUAAUUUUUAUCGAUACCAUAGGUAACGUAACCUGCAUUUCCAUACUUCAAAUAAAAAUGUUAAUGAUACAUAUAGGCUGCAAUAAUGCACAGUAAAAUAAGACAAUGUAGGCAUACAUAUUGGACUGCAGAGUCGGUGAAAGUAGAUGAUGUCAAAUGUAAAUGCUUAAAGUGAAAAGGAUGAUUGUAAAAUAAAAAAGGAAGUGUA